UUCAUCAGCAAUAAUGGUAAUUUCUAUCUUCAUUUAUGUUAAUUGAAUCAACAUCUCAAAAAAUUUCAUUGGUACGCUGCGCAUGAUCAGAUGUAGAGCUUUGGGCAUUAAUAAUUGCAAUGAAAUUAAUAUUGUUUGUUGGCGCAUGAUGGCAUGCAUGCAUAUGCAGAUUCAUUUCGUGAUUCUUGUUAGCCGACAAGGAAAAGUGAGGCUGACCAAAUGGUUUUCAACCUAUCCCCAGAAGGAACGAUCUAAGGUAAUGCGGGAACUGAGUGGCAUAAUACUGAAUCGGGGUCCCAAGUUGUGCAACUUUGUGGAGUGGAGGGGAUUCAAAGUUGUUUACAAAAGAUAUGCGAGCCUCUAUUUCUGCAUGUGUGUUGAUGAGGAUGACAACGAAUUGGAAAUUCUUGAAAUAAUUCACCAUUACGUUGAGAUACUCGAUCGCUAUUUCGGCAGCGUUUGUGAAUUGGACUUGAUUUUUAACUUCCACAAGGCCUACUUUAUAUUGGACGAGCUUCUACUUGCAGGGGAGCUUCAAGAGUCGAGCAAGAGAACGGUCGGACGCAUGAUAGCUACACAUGAUCGAUUUGUGGAGGCUGCUAAAGAGGAGACCAGUUCCAUAGGCACUUUGAUCGCACAAGUUCGCAUGUAGGAGGGAUUUAUAUGAAAUGGUCAAAAUGGAACUAAUAUUGACACUUUAAGAAUUUAAUUGUGCUUUACAAACUUUUUAAAUUUAAAAAGAAAA